AUGAUUGAAAAAAAAUGGCCGCCUAGUACCUCCACUGAGUGAUUAAAAAGCCUCAAAAUAAAAUAAACCGCGAUUUAAAAAAUAAAAUAUAUUAACAAUAAAUAUAUAAUAAAGUGAGUGUAUGAUAAAAAAUAAAGCUGAGCAUCAUCAUUAGCAAUAAUCAGCACAUAAUUACCAAGCAAAUAGCGCCAAGAUAUUGCCGUGAAAAAUAUCCACUCACAUGUCUUGGUAUUGGUACACAUAUCGUUUGUUAUCAAUCUUACAGCAGUGAUAGUUUGUUUUAAAUAAUAAUCAGUGUUUAAGUGAUAAUGAUAAUGAUCUUGCUUAACUUUUUCGGUGGCUCGUGUUCUACGGGACAAGUUAAAGUUUAUUAAUAAAUAAUUGAUUUAUCAAUAAUUAAAUUUUGAAAAAUUUAUUGAUAACAUAUUUAUUUAUAAAUAAAGGAUUUUGUUUAUUUAAAUUUAUGGAUUAUGGCGACUAUGGAUUUUGAUGCUGAAUUUUUUGAAAAGAGACUGCAGAAUCUUAAAGAUUCACAGGAUUCGAUACAAAGUUUGUCAUCCUGGUGUCUUGAACGUCGUCCUCAUCACAAAAAAAUCGUCGCUUCAUGGUUGCAAGUUUUGAAAAAAGUAAAAGUUGAACACCGGCUGACUUUAUUUUAUCUGGCAAAUGACGUGAUCCAGUAUUCGAAGCGUAAAAAUUUUGAAUUUGUUGAGUCCUGGGGUACGACAUUGCAACGAGCGACGACAAUGGUCAGGGACGAGAAGGUAAAGCACCGGAUUCUCCGUAUUUUUAAAAUCUGGGACCAGAGGCAAGUUUAUGAUGAAGAAUUUUUGGCGGAUUUGUCGGGACUCAUUUCCGCGGCGCCGAAGAAGAAAGCAGAGCCCCAGCCGAUAGUGGUCCCGGAAGAGUUCCAGGCUGCGCUGCUGAUCUCGACGAUGAGGUCCUGCGCGACUCUGGAGCAGGCAACUGAUGCCAGGCUGAGAGACCUGCGUGAAAGUAACGUCGACAUUGAUAACGCCGAGGAACUUUGCGCUUCGCUUAAAGAUCGCAGGCACGUCGAGGACGCGGAGAAGGAAGUGGAGAUCGCGGUGAGCAACGUAGAGAAUUACGUGCGCGCGCUAGAAGCUGAGAUCAGGGAGAGAGCUCAGGUGUUGGAGCUGCUCGAGCAGGCGGAUCAGUUUUAUGAGACUCAGAGGGGAGAAGUUAAAAUUGUCGCCAAUGCUUACAGGAACUUUGGUAGCCGUGUAAAAAAUUUGAAGAAGAAACUCGAUGAGUUGCUGCCGACUCUUACGUCUCCUAUACCUUCGCCGGACAUAAACGCGCCGUCACCGAGUCCUGACAGUGACAUUGAGUUACCUGGUGAUGAAUUGAAUCCCAGUAGCAAUAUUAUUGACGUAACUCCUGCCCCAAUGUAUGGGUCCUAUGUCCCGGAGUAUGAUAUCGCAGCCAUUCCCCCGCCAGAUUUGACUCAAGGAAACAGUUCCAAUGACUUUACCACCAACUUCUCCUCAUUCAUGGGCGGGAAUGUUGACUUUGAUAUGAGGAGUAUUUUUAAUGAUAGAUCAUUAACACCAACUGGAAGUAAUCAAUCGUACAACAUACCAACAGAGGCGAUGCCGAUAGAAGUAAUAAAUAUGCGACCAAAAGACGGCAAUGAGUUCGCGCCGAGUUUUUUAAAAUCAGUUCUUCCGAGCUCAGAAGCACCUUCAGGAAUUCCUGGUUUAGGCCUCGACAUACCCGAGCCACCGGCAGAAACACCGCAGCAAUCAGAGUAUCCACAUUUACCUGGUCAGCUAAAUAGCAACGCGGCAUCGCGAAUGGGCUUAGGAAAUCAUCAGCUGCGUAAUUUAGCCAACGACUCGCACACUCCGUCACCUUAUUCGAGUCAAGGCAGCCAGAGCAACGUCACCAUGGCUUUUGAAACUCAAAAUACUGUGCCAAUAAACCCGUUGCCGCCACCUCCGUUACCGCCACCCAUUUUCCUGGAUGAUGAAAACUGUUACAAUAAAUUGCCGCCUAAAUUUCCUACAUGGACACCUACCAAUGAAGCUAAAAAUUUGAAUACAUGGACUGAAGACAAACCGAAAGCCUGGGAAGGAAGUGACAAUCGUUGGCCCGAGCCUGAGACAGCCUGGUCGAACGGUAUGCAAGCAAAGCCAUUGCCCUCUGAAGCACCGGAGUCUCCAUCGAGCUACGAGAAGUCCAGCUUCCGAGAGUCAGUCCCGUAUACGGAUCCCCAGAGCCAAGAACCUCUGCUUAGUAGCGCUACCGACGUAGAUCACCGGGUAGUUCCAGCUCCAAUGCCCACGGACAUCCACCUUCCGCGAUUGAUGAAAUCCGGGGAUGUUGAUCACAGGAAUUUGAUCAGUCUGACCGGCAGUCCCGCUAGCGCCAUUACUUCAGAACCAGUUACCUCAAACAGCCGCGUCUGGGACUCUGAUCAAGACUACAGACAAGUACAGUCGGGUGACAUAGUAGAGAGCGUAGACAUGGAAAUGUCUGAUGAGGAAGUUGACGGACCAGGUGUAAAGCAAAAGAACCGAGUCCUGGUUGAUUUAAGAUCCCAGGACCGCGACAUGCGGAUUAAUCCUCAGCAACAGCCGCCGAUGCCUCCGCGUCAUGACAUGGACAUGCGAAUGAUUCCACUACCAAGCAAUCCAAUGAUACGCGGCCCCAUGACACCUGAUUUACGCAACGUUCACAUCAGGCCACCCCCACCUUCAGCGUUUCACCCCCAGGAAUUCGUUCCCAGUCAGCAAAAUAAUUUCCCGCGCUCAGAUGAUUUUACCGGCGGUAAUUGUCAGCAACCUAUGCCUGGAUUUAUGCCCAACGCUGACUUUCCUCCUCACCAGGAAUAUUUACGUCAAGAAAUAUACGAAGGUUAUCAAGGUCCAGGUGAUCACCAGCCCCAAAUGUUCCGAGGACGUGGCAGAGGCUUCAGAAACCGGUUUUCGGACCACGACCGUCGGCGUAGACACGACGAAAAUUUAUCCGACAGGCAAAAUUUGCAACCGCCUGACACUGUUGUAAUUUUAGACGACAAUGGCAUGCCCAUAAUGCCAGAUAUUAAUGAAGGACGUCUUUCUCGUGACCCUGAGGAACGUGACAAUGAAUUACGGCCACCUGGACACAGUCCCGAGGCUUUAGAAGUGCCGCUAACUGAUAAACUUGGUGACGAGAUAAUAAAUCCGGAAGAACGGGCGCAGACGGCUGACGAAGCGCCGCGGAAUUUAUCUGAACACCUCGAGGCUCUGAUGAACUCGAACAUGACCAACGACAUGGAGCGACAGAACGGAUUGAUCGACCAGGACCAUUCGACCCCCAAAAGAUCUCACAACGGCCCCCCGUCUUCAAUCAUAAGUGAUUUGCACCCAGGGGCUUUCGAUUACGAGCCUCCGAACUUCCGGCCGCGGUUGCCGAACUCCAGUCCAUUUCCCGGGCCCUGGCGAGCCAAUCACACUCCUCGCAGCAGGGGCGGGUUCCGGGGAUCCCCCAGGGCUCCCUGGAACGAUCGAGGCCCUCGCAACCCCAACAAUAAUGGAGGACCCCCUGGUAACUUCCAUCCCAGAGCCAUGAAACGCGGCAGCCCCUUCCGCGGCAACUUCAGAGGCCGCGGUCGCGGCAAUAACUGGUGACCUAAAAUAUUUUAUUAGUUCGCAAUAUUACUUUGCUGUAAAUAAUGUUAUUGGUAUUAAAUAUUGAAUAUUGAAUCGUUGCUACCUAAUUUUAUUAACUAAAUGUACAAGGUACCGACGAUUAAUUAAUUACACCUAUAAAAAUAUUUUUAAUUUCAAUAUUUAAUUACAAGGGGGUAUGAUAGUUAUUAAUUUAAUUAAUUAAUUAUCUAUCCGCAUGAAAAAAAAACAAAUAAAUAUAAAUAUAAAUAAGAGUUAAUAAGUUAGAUCUAAUGUACAAAUACUUUUGUUGAUACUUAGCGAUAAGUACAUUGAUCUUAUGAUUUAAUAUAAAUUAAAUAUUAUUAUUAUUAUUAUGUAAUUGCUUUCCCGUUUGGUAACUAUUUUUUUUUAAUGGCGAGCACAGAUGUCAAUAAAAAUAUGACAAUUUAUUUAGCAAUAAAGUACGUUAUGAUAAUUGUCCCUCAACUUUUUUUCGCAUUUAAAUUGAUUAGUUUUUUUUUAUUGUUAUUUAUAAUUUUAAAUUAUAAUCACUUUAUUAUCAAGAAAUUCAUUAAUUUGCUCAUUAAUAAUUUUAAUUUAGACUCACUAAAAAAUUUGGAGCGGGUGACGUGUUUAGUUAUUUAAUUCCCUAGGAGGUAAAUUUACUCCGAUGCGAAAUUAAUUUUAAUACUGAAACUCCGAAAUUGAGUGAAUGCUGAUUUAAAUAAAAUCGAGGUCACUAGAAUCAUUCCGCUGAAGAAACAAACUCCUGAUUUGUUUUGUAUUGGAGUAAUUUUUGUUUUACUCCGGAACUUCGGGUGAUGGAGUGGAUUCGGAGUAAACGUAGAGUGGAUGACUUUUAUUUAAUCCCCUCGGAGUAAAAUUUACUCCGAAGUGGAGUUGGUUUUAAUAUUGAAACUCAGGUUCAGAGUAAAAUUUACUCCGAAGUAGAGUAGGUUUUAAUAUUGAAACUGGAUCGGAGUGAAAUUUACUCCAAAGUGUUUCUUUGAAUAUUAAAAUUUCGGUUCAGAGUAAAAUUUACUCCGAAGUAGAGUUGGUUUUAAUAUUUAAACUCUGGUUCAAAGUAAAAUUUACUCCGGAGUAGGUUUUAAUAUUGAAACUGGUUCGUAGUGAAAUUUACUCUGAAGUGGAGUUGAUUUUAAUAUUGGAACUGAAUUGGAGUGAAAUUUACUCCGAAGAGGAGUUGGUUUUAAUAUUGACACUGGGUCGGAGUAAAAUUUACUCCGAAGUAAAGUUGGUUUUAUUAUUGACACUGGAUCGGAGUGAAACUUACUCCGAACUGGAGUUGGUUUUAAUAUUUAAACUCUGGUUCGUAGUGAAAUUUACACCGAUGUGAAGUUGAUUUUAUUAUUAAACUCCGAAAUCAAGCAAAUGUGGAUUUAAAUAAAUUCCAGGUCACUCCGAAAUCACUCCGUUGCAAAAAACUCCCGAUUUACUUCAUAUACGGAGUCAUUUCUUGACUCCGGAAUUCCGAGUAGACUCAUAUUUAAAUAAAAUACGUAAUCACUACCGAUUUUUUACAGCGCAUAUAUAUAAUAAAAUAGAUAAUUUAUAAAAAAUAAAAUUUGAAUUGAAAGAGACUAGAGUUUAAAUUAUCAACAUUCAAAAUUAAUGUAAAGUUGAUAAUAAAAAAAGUUUUCAAAUUUUAAAAGUUCAAUUAAAAAAUAAUUAUUCGAUUUCGUAUUUUUUAUCAAAGUAAUUAAUGAGUAAAUUAGUGAGUUAUUAAUAAACGAUUAUAAUCCAUCGGAAAAAAAUUUUUU